AAAAACUCCAGAUCUUGUGGCUGAAGCUUCUCAUGAACAACCCUCUUUACCAUAAAAGAACAUCUUGAGUAUCUCUUCAUAUUACGAACACUUAAAGCUCCCUAGCAUAUACAUCGCUUCAACUUCUCCGAUCGCCGUUUUCUUCGUUUUCGGGGCAAGGUUUUCUUUAUAAUUUAUGAGUAUCGUCGCCGGCGGAAGUGACGAAACACAAGCUCCGACAUCCAUUAUAUCUCUUUUAUCGCUCUCCACCAUUGUUCAAUUCCCAUGGAAGUGCAGUGUAGUACGGAUACUCUGUCGAAAGAGAUGGCAACAGAAGGUUCUUCUCUUCCGUCGUGUCGAAGCUACUCUGGUAGGCCCUCAUGGCUUCUCGCCACCUUGGCAGAUCUCGAAGGGAAGAUGAAGGCUCUGUCUCUAAGCCUUACUGAAGAAGAGGAUUCACACAGCUUCGCCGAACGCGCAGAGAACUAUUACCAGAAACGACCCCAGCUGCUCUCACUCCUUCAAGAGCUCUAUAAUGGCUACCUCACCUUAGCCGACCGUCACUGCCAAAACCUAACAAAAGGUCAUGGCCAAAUCUUAGCAGUCAAUUCCGACACCGAAGAAGACUCCGACGUCACCGCCGGUGACGAAACCCACCUCGACUCCGACGCCGAGAGCUCCCUCUCUUACCAACCCCCACCACCUCAGAACCCCAUUUCCACCGCCACAGCAUCCAAUCACAACUCCCUUGUCGCCGAUCUUGUAGCCAAGACCACCGACAAUGAAUUCCUCGUUCACGAAUUAGGAAUCCUUGAACGCUCCAACACUGAAUCAUCGAGAAAGAUCGAAUUACAGAAAAGCUUACUUGAGGUGCUCGAAUCGGAGCGAUUAAUUCUCCUUAACGAGAAUGCGAGAUUGGGUUACAGAGUCACGACCUUGACAGAGGAGAAGAACGGGUUAAUCUCAGAAGCUGCGGUAAUGAAGACGAGGGCUAGUGAAUUAGCGAGGUGUAUUCUGAAACUGAGAGAGGAUCAUAGGGUUUGUUUGUUGAACAGUAAAAUUGAAGAUCUUCAGAAUCAGAUAUAUGGGUUGGAGAAGAGGAAUAAGGAGUAUCAUGAAAUGUUGGUGAAAAGAGAAGAAGAAGAGAGGAAGAGGAAUAACAAGAAGGAGAUGAUGGCUUUAGAGGUUUGUUUUCAGGUAGAGAAGCUUAAGUUGGAGAAUGAGAAGCUUAAGGAGGGAGCAGCAGUGAAUGUUGGGAAGGGACGAGAAGGCUGGAUGACUUGGAGGAGGGUUUCAAGCUCGAGGGUGUUGGAGCGAGUCAGGAAGCUUGAUUCAUUCAUUUGUGGCUCUCAAUUCACAUAAACCAUUGUCUAGUUGACUCAUUAUUCUACAACAAUUAAAAUCUUAUCCCACCUUAAUGGGUCAGCUGAAUUAAAAUUUCAAACAAUGAUGAACGUGAUUCAUUAUUUUCUUUUGUAUAAAAUUAGUAAAUUGUGUGUUUUGGGAUCCAACUUGGAUCGAGUUGAGCCAAGAUUUAUAUCAAGUAUCAUAAAUGUUAGAUUGCAAAA